AUGCAGAGAGGACAGCUGAUACCCCAACAGCGUACCCUAAAGAUAGGAAUACGGACAUUACCAUCAUUUUUGCAAGAAAUACUUAGUGGAAAGCCACAAAGAUUGUUGCCGAUGAAGCUUGACUCGUUGAAGCUCCCAAUUUGGGUGCUUUGUGGGAUUCUCCCCGUCAAGUUGUUAUACGACAGAUUUAGGUUACUCAAAAAAGACAUGGUUGUGAUGCUACUUGGAAUCUUGCCGGAUAAUGAAUUCCUGGAGAAAUCAAGAGAUACAAGAUUCUUCAUGUUUCCAAUGUUGUUUGGGAUGGAUCCCGUUAGACGAUUUCGGGACAGGUUCAAUGAUUGGAGUUCCACCAGACUUGUUAUCUCAAUUGGGAUAUCACCAGACAGGAUGUUGUUUGAAAGGUCAAUACUUUUGACCAAAAAGAGAGUGGCGUCGUAUGUGAGUUCUCUGCCCUUUGUCGCAAUUGAUACACUUUCGUGA